CAGCCCCGCCCGCCGGACCAGGCGGCGAGCGCGCUCGGCCGCUUCCGCUCUCGGCGCAGGCGCGGCAGCGCGGCCCGACCGCGGAGGGGCUUCGGGAGAGCGGCGGCGGCGCCGGCCAGGAUGGUGCUGGAGAGCGUGGCCCGCAUCGUGAAGGUGCAGCUGCCCGCGUAUCUCAAGCGGCUGCCAGUCCCCGAGAGCAUUACCGGCUUCGCCAGGCUCACAGUUUCAGAAUGGCUUCGGCUACUACCUUUCCUUGGUGUACUCGCACUACUUGGCUACCUUGCAGUUCGUCCAUUCCUCCCGAAGAAAAAACAACAAAAGGAUAGCUUGAUUAAUAUUAAAAUACAAAAGGAAAAUCCAAAAGUGGUGAAUGAAAUAAACAUUGAAGAUCUGUGUCUUACUAAAGCAGCUUAUUGUAGGUGUUGGCGUUCUAAGACGUUUCCUGCCUGUGACGGCUCCCACAACAAGCACAACGAGUUGACAGGAGACAACGUGGGGCCGCUAAUCCUGAAGAAGAAAGACGUGUAGUCGUCAGGAAUCAGGGUCGGAUUCAAUUGUGUAAAAUCUUACAACAGUCUUUUCUCAUUCUUUGUGUAUAGGAGAUUUUGAAAUGGUGAUCUUAGUUAUUACUACUGGUUGAAUAGUUAUUUCUGUCAGUUUAUCUACUUGCUACACUACUGUUUAUAUUUGAUACUUUAUAUAUUCAAACAGUCACUUAUAUAGAAAUUAAAUUGUCAAGCCUCUUACUCUGACUUCAAAGAAUUAAUGUAUCUUCCAACAAUAGAAUCAACAUUUCUGAUUUUA